AUGUGCUCUGCUGCCAUGGCAACCAUGGCUCCUCCCCUCACAUUUCUUCUCCUGCUGCUUCAACUGGCUGAUGGCUCAUUCCCAGAGGAACCCAGUCCACUCAGCUAUGCUCCCUUAGAGGUGGUGAGGAGGUAUCCGGUGUUCUUGGGCAGGGCACAUCGUUCGGCUCAGAGACAGGAGCUGCACAUCCAGACCGUCCUCCAAGUCAACCGAACGCUCUACAUCGGAGCCAGAGAUGACUUGUACAGAGUGGAGCUGGAUAACAUGGCAGGGGAUGAGAUGUUCUACAGCAAGAAGCGAACAUGGGAAUCCAAUAAGAAUGACAUUCGAGUCUGCCGGAUGAAGGGCAAGCAUGAGGGAGAGUGCCGGAAUUUCAUCAAAGUUUUACUCAGCCAGCACGGUGGCCUGUUUGUAUGUGGAACAAACGCCUUCAACCCGCUGUGUGCCAACUACACUAAAGACACUCUAGAAAUGGUGGGAGAGCCUGUCAGUGGAAUGGCACGGUGCCCAUAUGACCCACGGCAUGCCAACGUGGCUUUAUUUGCAGAUGGAAGCCUCUUUACCGGUACUGUGACAGACUUCCUAGCCAUCGAUGCGGUGAUCUAUCGCAGCCUCGGCGACAGCCCCGCCCUCCGCACAGUCAAACACGACUCCAAAUGGUUCCGAGAGCCCUACUUUGUGAGCGCUGUCGAGUGGGGGCCUCAUAUCUAUUUCUUCUUCAGAGAGAUGGCCAUGGAGUUUCAUCACCUAGAGAAGGUGAUGGUGUCCCGCGUGGCACGGGUGUGCAAGGCGGAUCUGGGCGGCUCUCAGCGCGUGUUAGAAAAACAGUGGACGUCAUUUCUGAAGGCGCGUCUCAACUGCUCCGUCCCCGGGGACUCCCACUUCUACUUCAACCUCUUACACGCCACCAGUGAUAUCAUCCACAUGCAGGGACGGGACGUGAUCCUGGGUCUGUUCUCCACGCCGCCCAACAGCAUCCCUGGUUCAGCAGUGUGUGUGUUUGACAUGCAGCAGCUCGCCCACGUCUUUGAGGGCAGGUUCAAGGAGCAGAAAUCCCCAGAGUCCAUCUGGACCCCUGUACCGGAUGAAGCAGUCCCCAAACCAAGGCCGGGCGGCUGCACGGUGCAGGGCUCCAGAUUUAGCUCCUCUACCACACUGCCGGACGAGGUGCUGAACUUUGUGAAGACCCACCCGCUGAUGGACGAGACCGUUCCACUGCUGGGACAUCGACCCUGGGUGGUCAAGACCAUGGGACGGUACCAGUUGACAGCCAUGGUAGUGGACACAGAAGCCGGUCCCUAUAAGAACCGUACAGUUUUGUUCCUGGGUUCCACGCGAGGAACCGUCCUCAAGUUCCUGAUGAUCCCCAGUGGGGACUCCAUCUCUCACAGCAGCGUCUUUCUGGAGGAGGUGGAGGGAUUCAACCCCGAGAAGUGUGGUGAAGAAUCUGCCCAGGCUCGCCAGCUCUUGUCUCUGUCGCUGGACCGGAUAAGCCACACUCUGCUGCUGGCCUUCCCCUCCUGUCUGGUCAGAGUGCCGACCUCUCGCUGCCACCUCCACUCACGCUGCAUGAAGAGCUGUCUUGCCUCCAGAGACCCCUACUGCGGCUGGACCAGAGGCAGCACCUGCUCCUUCCUGAGACCAGGCACACGGCUACCUUUUCAGCAAGACGUGGAAUAUGGAAACACCACCUCUCGCCUUGGAGACUGUGACGGAAUUCUCCAGCAGAGUCUGCUGAUUGAACCAGAGAGUCUCGUCUCCCUCAACCUGCUGGUGGCGUCUGCAGUCUCUGCAUUCACCAUCGGGGCCGCGCUCUCUGGCCUCGCCGUCUGCUGGAUAAUGGCCCACAAGCCCUCCAACCGUCGUCAUGGAAACACGCCGCAGUCUUCCAUCCAGCGGCGUGAGAGGGGCCUGCUGCGUAACGGAGGUGGAAUGGGAGGCUCGGUGCUCAGCGUGACACGGCAGGGAGGCAGCGACCGCCCCUGCUCUCAGGGCGGGGAGACCCUGUUCGUCAUGCCCAACGGCUGGGUGAAGUCAGGAGAGCUCGACCCGGGUUUCCUGCCCACCCCAGAGCACACGCCCCAGCAGAAACGUCGUGGCCUGCGCCUUUCGGACUCCAACUCUGGCGGCUGGGACACCAGCCAGACCUACCUGGGGGGAGGUUCUGUGGGUCUGGGCUCACCCUGCCGUAUUCCCCCCUCUGUCUACCUGACCACCAGACUCUUCCAGCAGGGGGGAGGCGGGAGGCAUGGAGGUGAGGGCCGGGGGGGCGAUACACCACGCCAGCACUAUGUCUGUCUGAGCAAGCAAGAAAAAGGAGGGAGGGGGACACCCAAAGCCCCGCUCAGAAAGUCUGCUGGAGAGUACGUUUACCCUAUGACCCCCCAGGACUCACCUGAGCGCCGGAGGGUGGUGUCAGCCCCCAGCGCCCCAAUGGAGUAUGGGGAGCCCCUGCCUCUGCGUUGGCCUGCCCCGGAAGGAUACAUCCUCAGUAGUCACGGCAUGGUCCCCGUCCCCCUGCCUCCGGCCUCCAUGCCCACCCCCAGUGGCCAGUCCUACGUGUCCCAGCAACACACUCCUGGGCUGAGCAGGGCCCUGCUGAGAGGGGCUCUCGAGAGAGGGGAGCUGGGGGAGCUGGUGGAUCUCAGCCAGCUGAUGAGUAAGAAGAGCUGCAGUGAGAGGACUCAGGCUGGCCAGUGA